AUGUCCCGCGACCCGAAUCGCCCAAACAUCGUCCUCGCUCUAGCCGACAACCUCGGCUGGGGCGAGCUGGGAUGCUACGGCGGAGGCACCCUCCGCGGCGCCGCCACGCCCCGGAUCGACAAGCUCGCCGCCGAGGGCCUCCUGCUGCACAACUUCAACGUGGAGAGCGACUGCGUCCCGACGCGGUCCGCGCUCAUGACCGGCCGCCACCCCAUCCGCACGGGAUGCCGCCAGUCCGUCCCGGCCGGCUUUCCGCAGGGCCUGACGCGGUGGGAGAGGACGCUGGCCGAGUGCCUCAAGGACAACGACUACGCCACGGCGCACCACGGCAAGUGGCACCUCGGGGACGUCCCCGGUCGGUACCCGUCGGACCGCGGGUUUGACGAGUGGUUCGGCAUCCCCAGGACGACGGACGAGACGCAGUUCACCUCGGCCAUCGGGUACACGCCCGAGGUGGCGGAGCUUCCGUAUAUCAUGAAGGGGGUUGCGGGGGAGGACUCGGAGAAUGUUCGCGUUUAUGACUUGGAGGCGAGGAGGCUCAUUGAUGAGAUGUUGGUGGAGAAGUCCAGGGAUUGGCUUACACGACAAGUCGAGGCCGAGAAGGCCUUCUUCCUGUACCACCCGCUCGUUCACCUCCACUUCCCGACUCUGCCUCACAAGGACUUCUCCGGGAAAACGGGACAGGGCGAUUUCGCGGACUCGAUGGCCGAGAUGGACUACCGCGUCGGCGAACUCCUGGAUCAUAUCGACUCACUCGGUAUCAGGGACAACACCAUCUUCAUCUUCGCCUCGGACAACGGACCCGAGUUCAGAGAGCCGUACAGAGGCACGGCGGGACCAUGGUCCGGGACGUAUCACACGGCCAUGGAGGGAAGUCUGCGCGUGCCGUUCAUCAUCCGCUGGCCGGGCCACGUGCCGCCGGGCGCGACCUCCAACGAGAUCGUGCACGUCACGGACAUCUUCACCACGAUACUGGCCAUGACGGGGUCCAAGGUCCCGAGGGAUCGGCCGAUCGACGGCAUCAACCAGACGGCGUUCUUCAAGCAGCCGAGCACGGUGAAGUCCGAUAGGGAGGGGUUUCUGUUCUACAUCAAAGAGGAGCUCAGAGCUGUCAAGUGGAAGGACUGGAAACUGCAUCUGGUGUGGGAACCCAAGGUCAACCAGUCGUCGGGCCGUCUUGAGUCGCCGUAUCUCUUCAACACCGUGAGAGAUCCGAAGGAGGAGACGGACAUCUUGGCGUUUAAUACGUGGGUCAUGCAGCCGGUUAUGAGACUGAGGACGGAAUUCCAGAGGAGUCUGAUGAGCGAUCCCGCUCCGCCUGAUCCUCUGAAGGACUUCUUCCACUCGAAGGCUUAG